AUGCUAAGUACAGGAAGCACCAGGGUAAGCUGCAUCGUCCGCGCCCCAGAUAACAGCACCGCAUGGAAUCGCAUCAAAGCUGCUCUCCAGACUUGGGACUUGUGGGAGGCUAGCUUUGGUUCACGUUUCGACGCCUUUUGUGGCGACGUGUGCAAACCGUUCCUCGGUUUAAGCACGAAUGAGUAUCUGUAUCUUGCAAGACAAGUCGACACAAUAUACCACUCCGCGGCUGCCGUCAGCUUAAUAGCGCCCUUCGCCGAGCUGGAAGAAGCGAAUAUCACCGGCACCAUUGAGAUCCUCCGAUUUGCCAGCACCCUUACUCAAAAGCGGCUGACUUACAUCUCAACCCUCGCCGUAUUCUUUGGCAUCGGCAAUAAAGUUCACUGCGGAAUUGAAGUCCCCGUCAACAACCUGCAGUCUGGCAUCGUGACAGGAUAUGCACAGUCCAAAUGGGUGUCCGAGCAGCUGGUACUUGAAUAUGCAAGAUUGGGCGGACAUGCUUUUGUCCUUCGACGGGUCGUCUGCUCGGCAGCACUUGGAACUACAAAUGUCCUCGAGAUGACUUCACUAUCCGUCUAA